GCCGCAGGAGAGGAAGGACGUAAACAAGGCUCUCCUGACACGUAAACAAACCUCUCACUGCCAUGCUAGGUGCGGGGCGGGUGUGGGGGGCGCUGAUGGUGGCGGUGGUGGCGGUGGCGGUGGUGGUGGAGGCGGGGAAGAUAUACUACCCAGGGAAUUUACAAGACAUACCAAGGGACAUUGCUAUAAGGCAGUGUUUGAGGGACCCUACCUGUGUUCUGCCGCCACACUUAAGGGUCAGGGAGAGGUGCAAGGCUGACGGAGAAGCAACAGACAUUGUUAAUGAAAUCAUGGAGGAAACAAGAAUGAAGGUAACAACACGAACUGGAGGAGGAGGAGGAGGAGGAGGAGGAGGAGGAGGAGGAGGAGGAGCUGCAACAAGAUGGCAGGGAAGGUGAUCUGGCCUGCUACGGGGGAGUGUGUGACCCUCCUCACCCAGGGCCCGUGUCCCCAUGGCCAGUGGGUGAAGCUGGAGAAGACCACGUUUAAGCCAGUGUGCGAACCCCAACCGUGCACGCUGGGAGGAGAAAGAGGAAGAGGAAGAGGAGGAAGAGGAAGAGGAGGAAGAGGAAGAGGAGGAAGAGGAGGAGCACUUAUACUCGGAAGAGGGGCGGGGGUGAUGGUAGACGGGAAGUGCCACCACCCAGCUGACCUCCCGCCUACCAUACAGUGCCCUAGAAACGAGAAAGCUGUGACUAAUGAACACGGGGAGGUGGAAUGUGACUGUCAGCCAGGGUUUGUUUACUACGAUGCAGACAACACGUGUUAUGAACCUUACACACGUGGCCCUUGUCUCCCCGGAUACGUCAUAAGGGUAGAGGAUUCAAACGCCAACGGACGCGCGCGGUGCUUCCCCAACGAGUGCCCGCAGGAGGGAAUGGUCCUUAUGAACGCCUCCUGCCACGCCUUGACUGACUCACACGCAGCCACGGCCGACUCCAGCUGCUACAGGAUCGGAGAGGUGGGGCCGUGUGAUGCCGGGAGAAUUAUCGUGGACUCCAGCCUCGCCGUGCCUAUCUGUCUCACUACCCACACCAUCUUCUCUGACGUAGUGCUCGGUUGCCCUAGAGGAAGCCGCCGUGACUUGUUUGGCCGCUGCAGGACUGUGUUUGAGGCGUUUAUGAGCAAUGUCCCGAGGUUCAGUACGCGGAGGCCUGGUGGUUCCUCUGUGUGUCCGCCCGGGGAGUUCUUUGCUGGGGGCACGUGUCUGAGGAUCAUUGGCUGAGUGUGGGUGGUUGCUGGGGUGUUUGUGGGUGUGUUUUGUUGUUUGUGAGUGUGUUUACGUUGUUGUGGCUCAAAUUUUCUCGUUUGUGAUUUUUGUUUUUUUUUUUUUUUUUUUUUUUUUUGCUUUUUCAGGCGGAUUUUUCUGUUUCUUGGUUGCUUGCCGGGUCGAUCUUCUCUUGUUUCUGGUUGUCUUUGUUGUUUUCCUGCUCAAUCUUCUGUUUUUCUUGUUUUUUUUUUGUUUUGUUGUUGUAUUUCCACUGUUUUGUUAAUGUUUUCUAAGCUGAUUUAUUUAUUUUUUAUUUUUUUUUUUUAUUCUUCGUUUUGUUUUCUGGUUCAAUCUUCUCAUUACUUCUGGAUAUUUUCGUUGUUUUUCUGCUCACGGUUCUAUUCUUGGCUGCAUUUCCAUUAUUUCUGCGUUUUUCCUCUCUCUCUCUCUCUCUCUCUCUCUCUCUCUCUCUCUCUCUCUCUCUCUCUCUCUCUCUCUCUCUCUCUCUCUCUCUCUCUCUCUCUAAGGCAGGGAAACACGCACAUGUUAAAAAAAAAAAAAUCCCUUUGUUGCUAAGCAUGAGCGUCUGGUGAGGAAUGUACGAUAGUUGUGAAAUUUAAAAAUGGAGCUUAACCCUUUGAUAAAUUUGUCUACUGCACAUAAAAAAAAAAAAAGACGUUAAUUUAAGAGACUGUCCCACAAAGAAAUAAGAAUAAGUUGUACAGGUGAUAGGAAGCAUUGAUUAGCAGCGAAAGGGUUACGUACGAUAUUCCAGGUAAGGCUUUCCUCUCUCGCAAUAUGAAACGUUUGAUAUAUAUAUAUUCAUUUUCCUUAUUUUUUUCCCUCCUUAUUUUCUUUUUUGGUAGCUGGGGGUAAAGGAAGAGGAAGAGGGGGAGGGGAAGGAAGACGGGGAGGGGGAGGAAGAGGGGGGAGAGGAAGGAAGACGGGGAGGGGGAGGAACAGGUAGGGGUUAAUACCAGUUUGAGCAGCAAAUUUUCCUUUUUAUUUUUUUAUUUAUUUAUUAUUUGUGUCAUAGCCUAAAUCAUACGAAAAUAAAUAAAUAAAUAAAUAAAUAAAAGGAAACAUGAUAUACAUUAGACAUACAAAUAUAUGAAUAGAGAGAGAAACGAAGGAAAAAGGGAAGGAAGGAUAAGCGGAGAAGAAGUGAAAGGGAAAAAGGGAGAAAGGAAGGGGGAAAAGGGAGAAAUGGAGGGAGGAAACGGGAGGUACAAUAAAAAAAAAGAAAGAAAAAAGGGAGAAAAUAAAGGAAAGAGAGAGAGAGAGAGAGAGAGAGAGAGAGAGAGAGAGAGAGAGAGAGAGAGAGAGAGAGAGAGAGAGAGAGAGAGAGAGAGAGAGA